AUGUUUAACUUGGCUGCUGACGUCAGAAUUGUAAGUUAUUUGAUAUUUUUGGAAAGUUUCUGGUGUUUCAAUAUUUGUUUUGACGCAAAACCCUUUUAACCUUCAGGAAGAACAAUUCGCCUCAACAGCUCCAGAAAUCUUGUUACCGUUUGUAAAACCCGAUGGCUCUAACCUCAAUCAAUGGAUUGCAAGAGCAGAAGGUCUCUUAAAGCUUCUUCAAGCAAUGGUAGCAUCAACAUCGAAUGUUUUUUGGUCCUCAAUUUGCCUACGGCCGAAUUUCAUGAGAGAAAUCGAUUCGGCUUCGGUUAAUUUUCCGUUUUUCGAAGACCUUCAAGAUGGCAAUUUGCUGAAACGAGCUGGGCAAUCAAGAUUGGUGGUCAACUUGUACCAAAAUUUGUGGAUUUUGUUUAUUAGGAUUUGUGUCAGUUGGGAAAGUGAGGUAAGUUGCUUAUUUUAGGUAUUAAGUUAACCUUUUUUUUUAAAUUUAGGUAACAAAUUGACUUUUUUGGGUAAAAAUAUUGUUUUUUUCUACUUCUUUGAUAAAAAAUUAUAAAAUCGUAUUCUUCAUAUGUUUAGGUAACAAAGUUGCAUUUUUUAUCAAGUUCUAAGUAAAAAAUCGUUUUCAAAUAAUUAUUUUAUUUAUUUAUCAAUACGUUUUUUUAAUUUUUAAGAAUAGAAGCAUACAAUUGUUGUUGGCAAGUCUCAAAAUGAAACAGAAACCGGUAAAAACAUGGCGUAUUUUUCAAUUUAUUGGCCUUAAAGCCAUUUAUUUUAAUAUUUAUUCAUUUAUAAUUUUAGGUAAUAAACAUAUAUUUUAACAACUUUCAGGGUAUCAGUGAAGAAAAUUUCAAGAAAUUACUGGUAGAGAAGCAUAAAAUAGUGACAUUGGAACGAAUCCGUUUAGCUUGUGGCCUGUUUUCAAAGAAUUUCUAUGAAGUUUUAAAGAAAAUUGUGAUUAAGUUGAGAAAAACGGUACCCGCUUUGUUCAACACAGUACAGAAGGAGCUGGAUGAGGCAGGGAAUGUAAGUUUUUUUAAAACACGUUUUUUAUAAAUCGUAAUCCCACUGGCGACGUCAAAUUUCAAACAUCUUUUAAAAAUCUGAAAUUUUUAUUAUGAAGGUUUUAGACAAUGCUGAGCACAAAAAUACAACUUUCUUUAUUUUGGUUACUGUAUUUUGGAGUACUGUAAGGUUACGGUAGAAUUUAUAUCUCCAUAACGAAUAGUUGUAGAGACAUGGCGUCUUCACUAUCGUGUAGUACGACCACAAUACAGUAUUUCUUAUGUUGAAGUCAAAGUUCCGUGUAUAGUUUUACCGUAGUAAAAAUUCGUAUCUUGUGUCGUAAUUACAGUAACCCAAAAAUAGUAAAAAAACGGUUCGAGAUACCCCUCUUUUUUAUUUUAGAUUAUUACUCUACAUGUUAUUGCGGUUCGAAUGAUAUAUAAUAUUAAAAAAAUUAUUGUGACUUUUGGGGUAAAAGGUCAAGUUGAAGUUGGUCGACCCUAUAUGUAUUUUGAAAAAAAUUUUAAAACUAAGUUAAAACUAACCGGUGAAGUAGUAGAGUUACUAAAACGCAUUUUUUAUUAUUACUCCAAGUUUACUUUGUCACUUUACCGUAGUAAAAUUUUGUAUCUUGUGUCGUAAUUACAGUAACCCAACAACAAUAAAAAAACGGUUCGAGAUACCCUUCUUUUUUAUUUUAGAUUAUUACUCUACAUGUUAUUGCGGUUCGAAUGAUAUAUAAUUUUAAAAAAAUUAUUGUGACUUUUAGGGUCAAAGGUCAAGUUGAAGUUGGUCGACCCUAUAUGUAUUUUGAAAAAAAAUUUUAAAACUAAGUAAAAACUAACUGGUGAAAGGUACGCCAGUAAAAAAAACGGUUGCCCAUACCUAUGGGCGAUUUUUUUCAAAUCCGUCCCUGACUUUUUCAGUUCUACCUGACCCUACCCCUCACCUUUUUGGCCCUAUCCGACCCUACCCUUGAUUUUUUUGGCCCUACCUGACCCUACCCUUGACCUUUUUGGCCAUACCUGACCCUACCCUUGACCUUUUUGGCCCUACGUGACCCUACCCCUGACACUUUUGGCCCUACCCAAGUCCACCCCUGUCCUUUUCAGUCCUAUCCGACCCUAGUAUGAAGUGGUACGUAGAACAGGGUAUGGCAUGGUAUAGUAGGUAGGUAAGUUAUGGUAUAGUAGGGAGCAUACGGUAUAAUAUGAUAUAAUAUAAUACGGUAUGGUAGAGUAUGGUAUAUCAGAUAGGAUGGGUACGAUAUAUUAUGUAGUAUAGAGUAUGGUAUGGUAGGUAAGGUAGAGAAUAGUAAAGAACAUAAGAUAUAAUAUGAUAUGGUAUAGCAUAAUAAGUAGGAUAGAGUACGGUACUGAAUAUUGGGUAGACUCAAAAAGGCGGAGGUAGGUUUGGGUACGGCUAAUAGGGUCAGCGGUGAGGUUGGGUAGGGCGAAAAGGAUCAGGGGUAGCAUCAGGUAAGGCCAAAAAGGUGAAGGGUAGGGUCGAGUAGGGCCAAAAAGGUCAAGGGUAGGGUCAGGUAGGACUGAAAAGGUCAAGGGUGGACUUGGGUAGGGCCAAAAGUGUCAGGGGUAGGGUCAGGUAGGACUGAAAAGGUCAGAGGUGGACUUGGGUAGAGCCAAAAAGGUCAAGGGUAGGGUCGGAUAGGGCCAAAAACGUCAGGGGUAGGGUCAGGUAGAACUGAAAAAGUUAGGGACAGACUUGAAAAAAAUCGCCCAUAGGUAUGGGCAACCGUUUUUUUUACUGGCGUACCUUUCACCAGUUAGUUUUUACUUAGUUUUAAAAUUUUUUUUCAAAAUACAUAUAAUGUCGACCAACUUCAACUUGACCUUUGACCCUAAAAGUCACAAUAAUUUUUUUAAAAAUUAUAUAUCAUUCGAACCGCAAUAACAUGUAGAGUAAUAAUCUAAAAUAAAAAAGAAGGGUAUCUCGAACCGUUUUUUUAUUGUUGUUGGGUUACUGUAAUUACGACACAAGAUACAAAAUUUUACUACGGUAAAGUGACAAAGUAAACUUGGAGUAAUAAUAAAAAAUGCGUUUUAGUAACUCUACUACUUCACCGGUUAGUUUUUACUUAGUUUUAAAAUUUUUUUUCAAAAUACAUAUAGGGUCGACCAACUUCAACUUGACCUUUUACCCCAAAAGUCACAAUAAUUUUUUUAAUAUUAUAUAUCAUUCGAACCGCAAUAACAUGUAGAGUAAUAAUCUAAAAUAAAAAAGAGGGGUAUCUCGAACCGUUUUUUUUACUAUUUUUGGGUUACUGUAAUUACGACACAAGAUACGAAUUUUUACUACGGUAAAAUUAUACACGGAACGUUGACUUCAACAUAAGAAAUACUGUAUUGUGGUCGUACUACACGAUAGAGAAGACGCCAUGUCUCUACAACUAUUCGUUAUGGAGAUAUAAAUUCUAUCGUAACCUUACAGUACUCCACAAUACAGUAACCAAAAAUAAAAAAAGUUGUAUUUUUGUACUCAGCAUUGUCUAAAACCUUCAUAAUAAAAAUUUCAGAUUUUUAAAAAAUGUUUGAAAUUUGACGUCGCCAGUGCAAUUGGCUCUGGCUCGAGCUUUACAAAAAACGUGUUUUAAUUAAAAAAAUUAAUUUUGUUUAAUUUUGUUUUAAAACUUAUUUUACAUGUUAAAGUAUGUUAUUGGCUUUUUUAUGGCUUUUUUUUAAUUUUAGGUAAGAAAUUAGAGAAAACUUUUAAAAUUAUAUGAAAAUUGUAGUUUUUACCUUUUCUUACCUAAAACAAUAUCUAAAACCUCCAAUAUUGAAUCUGUAAAUAAAACUUCUUCUUUUAGCAACUAGAAACUCUAGCAAUUGAAAUUCGUUCACUUCACAAUGAGCUCGCAUCUAAAUCAACAAGAAACACCAAGAAGGUGAUUGAAGUUUUGCAAGUAAUGCACACAGCGAGAAGAAGAAUCUUUUCAUGGUCAGAAUUCUUGAGAAUCCUGCCAGAAGUUCGCUGUAGUGAUGAUAUGGCCAACAUCAUUGCCGAAACAACACAAACAGUGGAUGACACUUUGAAUCAUCGUGUUAUUAUGAACCUUGGAGCUGAAUCUGUGGAGAUCUCAAUGUAGGUGGCUUGUUUUAAAAAUUAUGUCAGUUAUUCAUAAGCGCAUUUUCUAAAAUAUCAUAUUUUAAAAAAUUAUGUCAUAAGGGUGUUCAAAUAGUUCUGUGCCUUCUCCAUGCAAAUGUUGGGUUAUGGAGGCACAUAAUUAUUUGAACAAUCUUACAUAAGAAAUUAUGUCAUAAAACAAAAUUUUUAAAUCGAAAAUUUUAGUUCAUUGACGAGAGAACGAGCAGCUCUUCUACAGGCCUUGACACACCUUUUCGUACGGUUUUUCGAAAGAUCAGAUGAAAGUGAACGAAUCGAUUUGUUAUUUGGCCUCAGGGAUCAAACUGCGUAAGGUUUUUAAAAUGUUUGGGUGUUUUAAAAAUUUUCAUCAAAGUUGAAGGAUGAUAAAUGAAUGAAAAUGACAUUUUUUAAAGUUAAAUUAGUUUAGAAUAACAAAUAAAGUCUUGUCGUCAAUAUGCAUCUAUUUGCACUGGAAAAAGCGACAAGACUUAAAAUAUAAAUUUAAAAUUAAAAAACUUGAGGUCUUAAAAUCUUAAAAAAAUUGCAAUUUAAAAUUUUUUUUUAUAAAAAAAAUUUUUAGACUAAUGUCCCGUCUAGAAGAUCGUUUAAAAAUCAAGGAAAAACUGCCAUACCUAAUCGAAAAAACCGGCAUGGGUGAUCACGGUGCCAUAAUCAAACGUGAGAUUGACAAAGCUUUGGAGCAGAAAUCAAAAGAAAUCGUAGUGAGUCUGGAAAGUGAAGGUCUACUGGCUCAUUUGGGGGAGUUUUCAAACCCUGUAGUACAGGAAAAUGUGUUAACGUUGAAGGAUAUUGUACCUUACACUACCGAGUUCUUACAUGUAAGUGGAUUUUCAAAAAAAAAUAUUUUUGUGAACUGGUCCUCUAGCUAGAACUGGAUUCUAGGCCGAGUCUGGUGGAAUUUUUUGAUUGCCCGGACGCCAGGUAGAACCCUAAGCCCUAGUUCAUCAAAAUCACCCCUUUCGGCGAGUGACUGAACUUUGGGGGAGAAAAAAUUUGGGGGUGGAGAUUUUGGGGGAGGUUACUGAUAAUGUGCAUCAGCUGUCAAUUAACAAUUUUUUUGACUCACUAAUGCUAAUCUUCUGGACUCACUUUUUUGCUAUGACAACAUUUCAGUUGGUAUUCCGACACUUUGCGUACGAUAUGGAAAAAGCUAUUGCUGCCCUCAUGGAACCCGAUAACAGUUUACCAUUCAAUUUGAGAAUAUUAAUGAGGGAUUCAAGCAACUUGAAAGCCGCUAAACCUUCAAAACGCCAACAGUUACUGCUUAAAGAGGUCUAUGAACAAGGUAAAUUGGUAUUUUGUAAAGAAAAAUUUAAAAAAAACAUUUUUGUUACCUAGAAAGUGAUAAAAAGGAUUUUUGUUACUUAAAUUUCAAAAAAAAAGAGUUUUUGUUACCUAAAAUUCUAAAAAAUCCAACUCCAUUAUCAUAAAACGCAUUUUACAGACAGUGAAGCCGAAUCCGACCACGAAGAUGAUGCCGACGCAGCAUCGAAAGCCCAAAAUAUUGACAUUGUCAGCCUAUUAACAGCUCCAAUCGCAUCCUCAUCGACCAGUAAAGCCCCCAUCCUAACGGAAAAGGAAAUAAAACAACAGAAAAUGGAAGAAAAACUAGCCAAAUUAAUGAAAAAGUCUGGAGAUUUGUUCAAUUUACGACAUUUACAUGGAGUUGUGGAGAAAAUGCAGCAAAUCAAAAUGGACCAAAAGUCCGUAGUCAAUGUUGGUGGCAAGAAGUUUGCCAAGUUUAGAAAGGAACAGUAAGUUUUUUUGCAACGAAAACCAAUUUAUGAAAUUUUAGGUAACAAAAACAAAUAUAAUCAAAUUUCCUUACAGAAUCGACGACGAACUAGACGAAGAAGACCGAAACGUCAUCAAGCAACAUGCCAAUGCCUACAAGUACGAGCUGAGCGACGAGGACGACCAAGAUGGACGUCUCGAUCUGGACGAAAAAUUCCGAGCCGAAGUCGGAGCCACAGGCCGCUUCAACCGCGGCCAAGUCGUCGCCAUUUCAACCAAAAACUACGCGGACGAAGAAGACGAAUACGAUGACACAUACGACGAUGUCAAUAUUGCAGUAGACGAACGCUCCCGAAUUCCGGAGGAACGACACAAAGCGACGGAGAUGGGCUACGAAGGCACGGCCGGUAGCAUACCACAAGGCGGCUAUGCGGCCGAACAUCAACGUCGAGCCGACCAGUCAAACAAAAAAAUCCCGGACGUCCCCAGAAGACAGCCGGUUACGGUGGAAAAGGCUCCCAAACAGAACCCCAUGAAGAUACCGAGAACUGAUCAACAACAACAAAGCAAAGCCGGACCCCAAGGCAAUCCACAGCCCAAAUCGCAAAAGCAAAGCGCUUUACAACCUGGUACUAGUGGUGCACAAACGAAGAAGGAUGGAUAUACUGGAGGAAAGCAAAGACUGAACAAGGAGAGGAACAAGAACAAACACAAGCAACGAGGAGCUGAUAAGAAGAUGGCCAGAGCCAAUCCGUUUUGA